AUGAAAGACAAAGACAAGGAAAAGCUCAGUGCCCUUCGAAACAUCAAGUCGGCCCUCGGAAAUGCUUUGAAAGAAGAGGGCGCUGCGGAAACCUUGCCCGAUGAAAAGGCCAUUUUGAUAUUGACAAAACUACGCAAGCAACGUCAGGAAUCGAUCGAAAUGUUUAUUAAAGGAAAUCGCGACGACAUGGUCCAAGCAGAAAAAGCAGAACUGGCCAUUUUGGAGACGUAUUUGCCCCAACUAGCAGACGAGGCUACUACGCGGGAAUGGGUAUCCGCUGCUAUUCAGGAAACGGGCGCGAGCGCUAAAAGCGACGUGGGAAAAGUCAUGGGCGUGAUGAUGAAAAGAUAUAAGGGAAAAACGGACAACAAACUCGUCUCCAAGUUGGUGGGGGAGAUGUUGGGUGCCUAA